AUGGCUUCCGACGAGAUUGUCUUGUUCGACAUCCCGUCCAAGGCGCCGGUCGAGUCGUGGUCGCUGAACCCGUGGAAGACACGCCUCCUUCUCAACUAUAAGGGCCUGCACUACAGGACCGAAUGGCUCAACUACCCUCAAGUCAAGCCUCGGCUCGAGGGCCACGUCGCGCCCCACGCCCCAGGGACACACAUCGCGCCCUACACGAUCCCGACGAUCCGCCUGCCCGACGGCACGUACAUCGCCGACAGCCGCGCCAUCGCCGACACCAUCAGCGUGCUGCACCCGUCGCCACCGCUGCAGAUCGACUCGCCGCAGCUCGAGUGGCUCAUGGCCAACUACGGCCGCCUCAUGACCCCGUUCCGCGGCGUCUACCUGCCGCUGGUGCCGCGGCGCCUGCUCGCCGACGAGAGUGUCGCGUACUGGUACGAGUCCAAGGCGCGCGUCGCCGGCAAGUCCGUUGCCGACGUUGAGCGCGACGAGGGCGGGGAUGUGGCGUUCGCUGCCGUCGAGCCUUCUAUGAAGGAGGCCACGGCUAUGCUCAAGGAGAACCCGGCCGGGCCGUUCUUUGGCGGCGAGCAGGUCGGCUAUGUCGAUUUCUUCUGGGCCGCGUUCUUGCUGUUCGUCCGCCGCAUUGGCGAGGAUGUCUGGGAGAAACUGCUCGCGUGCUGCGGUGGCGACGGACGCGUCCAUGCGGAGCUGCUCGAGGCUGUCAAGCCUUGGUCGGAGCGCAGUACCUACUAG